AUGGCUACAACUGCCGCGGAUCAAGUUUUAGUCAUGGAAGAAUUCCAAACAAUUGCUGGAUUCAAAAACGUCAUUGGAGCAAUCGAUUGCACCCAUGUCCGCAUCCAAGCUGUAGGAGGCGAUGAUGCACAACUAUUUGUGAACCGGAAAGGAUACUUUUCAUUUAACGUACAGGCUGUUUGUGAUGCACCUCUAAAAAUUACUGAUCUCGCUGCUUGCUGGAGAGGAAGUACCCAUGAUUCGAGAAUAUUUAAUGAAAGCAAAAUUAAGGAGAAAUUUGAAAAUGGCAAUUUUAUGGGUCGAUUGCUUGGGGAUGGUGGGUAUAAGUGCACAAACUACUUAUAUACCCCAGUACAAAAUCCAAGAGAUAUGAAAGAAGAAAUGUACAACAAGGUACAUAUUAAAACCCGAAAUGUAGUGGAAAGACUAUUUGGUGUAUGGAAAAGCCGAUUUCGUAUUCUAUUGGAAAAAAUGCGACUUUCUAGAAAGAAUGCCAAGAUUUUAAUAGUAGCUUUAGCAGUUCUACACAAUUUAUCAAUGAUAUUUAAAGAGGAAAAUUUUUCUUCUGAUGAACAUUUCGACGGUUCAAUUCCCGAAGGUACUGCAACCCAACCUUUGGAAUAUAAUUUACCAGAUGAAAAUAUUCAUCGUGCACUCUAUAUUCAACAAAAUUUUUAA